AUGGACAAAAUAAACUCGUCUUAUUAUGCCUCGCAAGAGGACUUAGACAGAAGACGAGUUGACUACUGUACUUUGCCGUCAGACGGACGUGCAACAUUUCUUAAUAAUCCCCUCAACAUCUAUCUAUCUAUCUAUCUAUCUAUCUAUCUAUCUAUCUAUCUAUCUAUCUAUCUCAUUCUAUUCCUAUCUAUCUAUCUAUCUAUCUAUCUAUCUAUCUGGCUUUCGGUUUCUGAACAAUCGACCCACCUUCCUUUAUUCUUUCCGUCUUGUUUGUUAUAUAUUUUUUUAAUUUCUUCUUCUUCUUCUUCUUCUUCUUCUUCUUCUUCUUCUAAGUUCAUUUUGUCCACUGUUCUUUUUUUUUCUAGUUUCACUUUCUCUCAUUUUCUUUCUUUUGAUAUUAUUUGUUCUUCUUUUAAUUCAUUCUUACUUUCUUUUUUUUUAAGGUGUUCCUGUUACGAGUUUUCUAAUUCUCUCGUUUUCUUUUUUCUUUCUAUUCUUUGGCUUUUUCCUUCACUUUCUUCAGAAGUCAUUGUAAAUUUCUUCUUCUUCUUCUUUCUUCUUCUUCUUCUUCUUCUUCUUCUUCUUCUGCUGCUGCUGCUGUUUUAUUUUUCUCUUCCAUUAUUAAUUAUUUCUUCGUCUCCUCCUCUUCCUCCUCCUCCUCCUCCUCCUCCUCAUUCUUCUUCUUCUUCUGUUGCUGCUGCUGCUGAAGUUGGCAUUACCAGGGCAUCGACGUCCAAGAUUCUUCUGCGCAUGCGCCAGUUAUCCUCAAACGGUAAGUACUCAUACUUUCAUGUUAGCUGCACUUUUGACGCCAUUUCGAAGCCGGCGUUUAAGAUCCUCCAUUAUUUCCUCUGUAUUGUGCCCUCCUCACUUCCCUGGCCCUUUGCAUAA